UAAAAGAAGAAUUGGAAGUGAUGGUUACUUGUGAUGAACAAUUAGAAGAAAUGGAUAUAGACAUUGAUGAACUACCAGAAGUAAGUGAUAAUGACCUAUCAGAAAUAAGUGACAAUAAUCCAUCAGAAGAGGAAGAAAUAAAAAGAUUGGAUGAAAUGGAAGAGAAGGAAGUAGUGGAUGAAAUAGGUGAUCAUCAGAUGAGUUAA